UAGCCCCCCCCCCCCCCCCCCCCCACGCCCCACAUCUCAUUGUACCGAAACAUCAUCCUCCCUAGCCGAUGUCGUUCCACUCGCUCGCUCCAACAAUUGUACCCCUCACGCUCCCAGGGCGUCUGGCACACACCCCAACUCAUCCAGACUUUUGAUUUUUCUCUUUCUCUCCCUGCGCGCACUAAGACAAUGCUUAUCUUUUCCUGCGCUCGCACCUAAUCUACGAUGUCGUACUUGGAUGGAGUUGGCCGCACACUUUUGGCCCUGCUUGGACAAGCUGCACAAGCGCCGCCGGGCAGCCACGCAUCCAAACAGCACCAAACACUGUGUCUGCCCCACCCCUCACUGGGCACCUAGCGUUGUUGCAACAGUUGGCUUUGACAGCAAACGCCCCCAAUGGUGCUCCAACGCAACCUGCAAUCCAAUUGCGAAAUACACAACCCUCGUCUGCGCCACAACAUCCUCACCCAUCUCAUCUAAACAGCCAGCCACAACCUCACACACCCAACACGAUCCUAGUAGAGAUUCUUGGCAGAGCCGUUCAAACCAAUUUGAUCACGGAAGAGAGCGUGAUGCUUUUCACGAUUCCAACUCACGCGGGGGAUUCCAGCGUGGUUUUCGUGGUCGUGGUCGGGGCCGGGGUAGAUGGGAUGAUCGUGACCAUGAUCGUUUCAAAGAUAGAGAUUGGAAUUCUUCACCACAGCCAAGAAAUAGCCGUUCCAGAAGCCCACGCAGAUUCAAUGGGCAGCGACCACGUCCUACGGUAUAGUCCGCCUCAGAGACCUGCAGCAAACAGAGAUGUAGCCCCAAAUCAAAAUGCGGCAAAACUUCCUGAAGCUGGAAAAGACGAGUUUGGACGAGAUAUUAGACCGUCUUCUGCCACUCCUCCUAGAGCCGCAUCAGUCGAUGCUCAAACCCAGCCUCCGAUGGUUCCAUCUGUAAACCUUGCCCGUACGGCGGCACCCGAAAAUCGUGUACCUGUAUC